AUGGAAACACAGCUAGGAUAUUUUUUGUCUGCGGAAAUUAACGGAAUCGCAGGAAUCGACGAAGAUCUUAUACAAAGAUUUGCCAUUAUUUUGUAUGAUUACUCUCUGAUUACCAAAUCAAUAUUGAAUAUUUUAAAGAAUAUUGCUUGUCAACGGCCAGAAGAUUUAUCCAAUUGUACAAUUGUUAUUGGUGAAGCAAUAUUGCCAAUAGGUGAGCUAUCCGAGGAAGCACAAGAAGCAAAAGAUAAAGAUAUUAGAAAAUAUAGAGACGCGUUUACAACUAAAGUUAAUUUAAAAAGGUUAAGUUCCGAUAUCCGGCCUUUUAUAUUAAUACAUGAAAAUGAUGAUGGGAAUGAUGAUGAGAAUGAUGACGAGAAUGGUGAUAAGAAUGAUGACGAGAGUGAGGACGAUGAGGAAGUUAAAGGAUGA